AUGCCACCAACAGACGGCAAGAUGGUCGAGAAAGACACGACUCAAGACGCGACGGACGUCUCCCAGGGAGACUCCAAGACGAUCCGGCACCGCUCCCACGACGGCGGGGGCAGGGACAUUGCCGCCCAUCUGGCAGAUCAGUUCGCCAACGAGCCGGACUAUGAUCGCCAAGAAGAGGUCAAGCUUCGCUGGAAGCUUGACUUUCGGCUCAUUCCGUUUUUGUGGCUUAAUAUCACGCUGCCUGCCAUGGACAAGAUUACGCCGUCGACGGGGGCGCUGUAUGGGAUGAGGGAGGACUUGGGGCUGAAGGGGGAUCAAUAUGCGUGGGUUGGGUCGGCGUUCUACUUUGGGUAUUUGCUGUGGUGUUUCCCAUCAUCGCAGAUCCUCCAACGACUCCCGAUCGCAAAGUCCAUGUGUGCGGUUAUGAUCAUAUGGGGCUUCGUGCUCAUUGGCGCUGGGUUUUGUCGAAGCUUUAUCCCAAUGGUCAUCACCCGUGUUCUUCUAGGCGCCCUUGAGGCUCCCGUCGCUCCAGGGAACUUCAUCAUCAUGACGAUGUGGUACACCCGUGAGGAGCAACCCAUCCGAGCAGGGCUUUUCUACACCGGUCUCGCCACAAUCAUAACCGGCACCCUCGGCUGGGCCGUCGGCUUCCUCCCCACCCACGCCUGGCCCUCCUUCUUCUACAUCACCGGCGCCAUCUCCAUCCUCUACGGCGCCCUCGUCGGCGUAUUCCUCCCAGACAACCCCGUCCGCGCCAAGUUCAUCACGCCGCGCGAGCGCUUCGUCGCGAUCGAGCGCCUGCGCGCGGACCAGCUCGGCAUCGAGAACAAGACCUUCUCUCCGCCGCAGCUGCGCGAGACGCUGCGCGACCCCAAGACCUGGCUGAUGUUCUUGUUUAAUAUCUGGGUGAGCAUCCCGAACGGCGGGCUGACCAACUUCGCGCCGCUGAUCGUCAACGGGCUGGGGUACUCGCCGCAGCGGAGCACGCUGCUGAUGAUGCCGACGGGCUUGGUGCAGACGCUGAGCAGCUAUGUGUGCAACUUUGGGGUUUACACGGGGAGGUUGUGGGCUUUGUAUUGGUCGUAUUUCUACCUCGGGCCAUACAUCGUUGCUCUAGGCAUCAACAGCGCAAACACCGCCGGACACACGAAGAAAGUUACGACGAACGCGAUUGUCUUUGCUGCGUACUGCAUUAGCAACAUAAUCGGCCCGCAGUUCUUCAAGUUGUCACAGGCGCCGCUGUAUCCGCUUGGUAUGGGUGCCAUGCUAGUCUCGUACGCGCUAAGCAUCUUCACCAUGAUACUGUACAUGUUGUACUGCUGGAACGAGAACAGAAGACGGGAGAAGCUGGAUCAGGAUGCCGGGCGGAGGGUCCAUCUGGAUACAGACUUCCAGGACUUGACUGACAGAGAGAACGUUCACUUCCGAUACGUCUGGUGA